UCUCACACACACACACGCACUCGCAUCUGUAGCGUGUGUUUACGUUUCUGAGCGGUUUGUUAUUGUUUCAAGAGGAAGGGCGCCGAAAAGCGUUGUGAAUAGAAUUUUGCAUGAUUUCCUUCGCUAAAGUGCGUGAUACAGUAUGUUUUUGAUACUGGAAAUAGUAAGUGAUAAAGGUGAAAAGGAGUGGAAGAUAGCACCCAAACGAUGGGUGUGCACGUCGAAAACCACCCAGCGAACAGUUCUGUUUUGGCCGGAUGAAUUCAGUGUCGAGCGACAAAACCAGCUUGCAAUCGAAGGAACGUGUAAGCCACUGCAGAGUUGGAGGCGGAAGGAAUGUGUUAUAAGGCAAGAGUUUCCUACUUACGAGAAGGCAAACGACGAACUGCAGGCUCUCUUAGUACAACAUAGCAAUCAGAUAAAGGAAGAGCCCGAAGAUCCCUUAAAUAUAGAGGAUCCUGCCGUUGAAUCAUCAGAACCACCAUGUGCGUCUAUAUCGGCUCCGGAUGAGGAUAUUUCAACACUAGUAACUAUAAAGUCAAUGUUGGAAUCAUUAAUAACCAAAAAUGCUCAGAUAGAAAAGCAAAACGCUGACGUAGUACAGCAAAAUUACCGUAUUGAGAAUAUAAUUUCUUUUAUGCAUAAGAAGGUGGAAUCUAUAGAACAAAAUGUCGUGCAAAUGGUGCCAUAUCAGUUCGAUCCUAUGCAAACGGUCGAGCAGAUCAAGGAGCUCGAUAAAAAGUUGAACGACGAAUCAUUUAAUGCGGCAUUGGUUCAGUGGUUGCUUUCUAAUGUUAACGACGCUAUUAUGCUAUGGAGGAUUAAAAGCUGCCUGGAUUUGCUGUGUUCUCUAGAGCUCCAAACAAAAAUAACAUGUUCUCAUAAUAAAAGAAGCUCUCCCAGAAAGGAAUGUAUACUUGAGCUUCGUAAUUUUUUAAAUUUGUUCAGAGUAGUAGGAAAAACAUCGUCAGAAAAUGUAAGUGAUAGAUACCUAGUUAAUUUUUUUACAAAUCACCUGAAAAACUCACAACAGCGGUUUCUAACUAGUUUAAAUCGAAAACGUGUUCAAUCUAAGAGAAAAAUAAAAAUAAAACAGCAGGCGAGAAAAGAUGCGACUAGCCUACAGGAAAAAACAUCCUUUGCUGUAAAAGGGAGCUCACAAGAAUGUAAUGAAGGGAAUUUUCGUUUUGAUGAGGCGGAUAUGAUAGUUUAUGAUCCAAUAGAAUAGUGUAAAAUCCUUCGUCGGAUAUUAAAAAUUAACUUGCAAAAUAAAAUCAUGUCGAGAGCGUCAAACAUUUAACCUCAUCUUUAUGAAGGUAUAUGCUUGAAACUAAGCUAACAGUUUAUGAUUGCACCAGGGCGUAA